AUGGAGCUCGGUCGAGACUCUGAUACAGGUGGACAGGUCAAAUAUGUGGUAGAGCUUUCUCGAGCUCUUGCAAGGAUGCCUGGGGUUUAUAGGGUAGAUCUCUUUACUCGCCAAGUGUCAUCUCCUGAGGUUGAUUGGAGUUAUGGUGAACCAGCAGAGAUGCUAACUGCAGGUCCUGAAGAUGGUGAUGGUGAUCUGGAAGAAAGCAGUGGAGCAUAUAUUAUUAGAAUCCCAUUUGGUCCACGUGAUCAAUACCUCAGCCAAGAAUUACUCUGGCCAUAUAUUCAAGAAUUUGUAGAUGGUGCUCUAGCUCACAUUCUUAUCAAUAUCCACAAGCAAAGACUCAUGGGAGGUCAUGUGAUUACUACAUGCACUAUCAACAUACCACAUAUUCACAUUCUUUCCAAUGGUAGCAGAGUGGCAUGCAUAAAACAUAGUUGCGGGUUCGGUUACCUGAUUUGCAACGUUAGCAAGCUUCCCUGCCUUGUUUGCUUGAUCACAGUUCUUGAUGAAGUGCCCAAACCGAUUGCAGCCAUGACACUUUGGUUUCCUUUUAAACCAGCAUUCACCAUAGUGCAGCUUGUCACAAUGCCCUAUUCGGACUUGUCUCCUUGA